UUCUGCAACAGGUGAAGAUACUUGCUCCAUUCUGAUUUUCACUUUGUAGCGUUUUAAAAAUAUUUCAUUUCUGACAGUAUGCUACUACUUUCCGAAUCUGUACUAAGGGCAUUCAGUAGAGGAACAGUGUAAAUGGGAUUUAGCUCAUAUUCUUCACGUCUGCAUCAAGUGCAGCAGUUUGGAAUACGCUUGCGUGCCUCCUACAUUGAUUGGAAACAGUGAAAACAGUGAUAAGACAACGGAAUGCAAUCUAAGAUACAAACCAAAUGGAACGCACGGGGGUCUUCCGCGGCACUACAUGGAAAGAAACAGUCGGAGUUAGAGAUGACGGACGCUGCGACCGGCAUCUGUUUUGAGCCUGGGCGGGUCAUUUGCAAUAGAAAUCUUUUAGCAAGAGACCAAAUGUCCGAGGAUAAUACACAAACGGAGGGCAUCACCGUCCACACAACGGACUCUCACCCUCAACAAUCUCACUUUCCUGAGUUGAAUCUCACCCACCGGAUGUCUGUGUAUAGCGCAACCCGUCCCGUCAUCACCCGCACUUACCUUCAAGGACGUGUAUACAACUUUCUGGAACGACCGUCGGGGUGGAAAUGCUUUGUAUAUCACUUUACAGUGUUCCUCAUAGUCCUGGCCUGUCUUAUACUAAGUGUUCUAUCCACCAUAGACCAGUACCAGGCCUUGGCCCACGAAACUCUCUUCUUUGUGGAGAUUGUGCUGGUAGUGUUUUUUGGUACAGAGUAUGUAAUACGCCUCUGGUCAGCAGGAUGCCGCAGUAAAUAUGUGGGGAUCUUGGGCAGGCUGCGCUUUGCCAGGAAACCUAUUUCCAUCAUUGACCUCAUUGUAGUUGCUGCCUCUAUAAUUGUGCUGGCAGUGGGUUCCAAGGGUCAGGUUUUUGCAACAUCUGCAGUUAGGGGCAUCCGGUUCCUGCAGAUCUUACGGAUGCUCCACGUGGACCGCCAGGGGGGAACGUGGCGUUUGCUGGGCUCAGUGGUCUUCAUUCAUCGUCAGGAGCUGAUCACCACCUUGUAUAUAGGCUUCUUGGGCCUGAUCUUCUCUUCUUACUUUGUAUACCUGGCAGAAAAGGAUGCUGUUGACAGCAAUGGUGUCACAGAGUUUGGGAGCUACGCUGAUGCUCUAUGGUGGGGGGUGGUGACGGUCACCACAAUAGGCUAUGGAGACAAAGUGCCUCAAACCUGGAUUGGCAAGACCAUAGCAUCCUGCUUCUCUGUGUUUGCCAUAUCCUUUUUUGCCUUACCUGCUGGGAUACUAGGUUCUGGCUUUGCCCUGAAGGUGCAGCAAAAACAAAGACAGAAGCACUUCAAUAGACAGAUCCCUGCUGCUGCCUGUCUUAUUCAGUCAUGCUGGAGAUGCUUCGCUGUAGAGAACCCUGACUCAGCCACUUUUAAGAUGUUUGUGAAGAGGAGAUUCACACUUCAAAGCUCCUCAGUGUCCAGCCCCAAGCCCAAGAAAACCGGGAAAAUGAGGAGGAAGCUGAGGAGCAGUGAGAAGGACUACGGCCCUGGUUCACCCACGAUCCCUAGAAUCACAUUUGACUCUGUGUUCGACAGCCACAAGGACCUGAGCUCUGAUGUCUACAGCACUGUGUGCACGGCCCAUAAUCUGGGAGGAUGUGAUCACCAGCAGUCCUGGCCCUCCCUGUCCUCGAUUCAGUUCAGCUCACCAUUACCAGUGAAAAAGAGCCGCCCUGGUUUUCUGGAAGUGCAGUCUCCACCUCCCCUACAGAGGAACAGUAGCUUUGCAGAAGACCUUGAGCUGGAGGGGGAGAGAGAGAGUGACCUAAUCCCAGUCACACAUGUAUCACAGUUGAAGGACACUCAUAGGAGGGCUAUUCGUGUGAUCCAGAGAAUGCGCUACUUUGUCGCUAAGAAGAGAUUCCAGCAAGCACGUAAACCUUAUGACGUGCGAGACGUGAUUGAACAGUACUCCCAAGGACACCUCAACCUCAUGGUGCGCAUCAAGGAACUGCAGAGAAGAUUGGACCAGUCUCUUGGGAAGCUGAGCCUGUUCCAGACCAGUUCAGAGCGAGCCAAAGAUAAAGGCACCAAUACAAUCGGCUUCAGACUGAACAGGAUGGAGGACAAGAUCACACACAUGGACAAGACGCUCAACCGCAUAGCUGAGUCCCUUAACCGCCUGUUUGGCCAGGUGGAUCUAGGGGUGGUAGGGGAAGGACCAGUGGGAGGGGGUAGAAGAAGAAGGUCCCAGGAUGUUGAUGGGGGAGCACAAGGAGCCAACUUACCCAGCCAGGACAGCCUGCCGAGCUACGACCAGCUCUCCACUUGCUCUGCCUCGACCCUCAACGUGCCCCUCGACUCCACUCACAGCUUGGACGAGAGUUGCUAAACUGUAUUCAUACCAUAAACCUCUGUUACCUUACCCCUUCCCAUGCCGCCUUGGAAAUUGCUUAACAUGUCUGAUUAAGACUUUGAUGUUAGAGGGGCCAGUUACAUUCAACAUUAUUAUUUGUCAUAUAGUUUUAGUCACUGCAUUACAGGCAUUAACAGGCAAAAGACCAUGUUUGUAAUUAUUCAGACUAUAGGGCCGCCCCUCUUUUAGCAUCCGCUUCCUCUUUACACCCCUUCCACAUAAUCCUUACAACACAAUGAAAACAAAUGUCCUUGAUCAGCUCCCAUCUAAAUGGGGAUACUGAGACCUUCUUGAGAAUGUGAAAAGUUUUAUAGUAGUCUAUCAUUUAAAAUAUUGUAUUUUAUUAUCAUGAGUUGUGCAUGUAGUGAAUCUUAUAUACCAAUCCAAAACAGAUCCUUUUGUCAUAUCACAAUAAAAAUGUGUUACCUUAUAUUAAAAAACAUUUAGUUACAACAUGAGAUUUUGAAGCAUUGAGUCAUUGAGUCAAAUUGUAAAUCUAACGACCAUGUA